GCAAAGCAAGUGGAAGAAAGUGGAAUCCAUAACUUUGCAUUUAUGGUGAUGAUAAACAGUUCUAUUACUGAUUGGAUCGGCCACUUUCUCGCAUGCGUGGGUGGUUGCUUUGGGUGCUGCAAUAAACCCACACCGAUUAUCGCUGUGGAUGAGCCAUCAAAGGGAUUGAAAAUUCAAGGGCGGACUGUGAAGAAAUUUAUCAUAUCAGAUGAUUUUUGGAGCUCAAGCACAUGUGAUUUGGAAAACAGUGCAGUUCAAUCCCAGAGAAGCAUUUCAUCUAUCAGCAUAUCAAAUCAGGCCCUCAAUCACUGCAGUGGAAAUAAUGGCGCAAGCAGCCAUUCUGAAUUUGUUAAUCAUGGCCUUCUUCUCUGGAAUCAAGUAAGACUUCAGUGGAUUGGAAGUAGCAAGUCAAAGAAUCAAAAUCAACAUGGUUGUGAAGCUAACCCAAGUUGGCCUGCUACGUAUGAAAGUUUACUUGGAAGCAGAAAUCCUUUUCCCAGACCUAUCCCUCUCAAUGAAAUGGUUGAUUUUCUGGUGGAUGUAUGGGAGCAUGAAGGAUUGUAUGAUUGAGCAAUUGAAAUGCAAAAAUGGGUUUACUUUAUCAUAUGUGAAGAUCCCCUAUAUCUCUGUUUGUUUCUGUAAAUACUUGUGGGGAAAUGGAAGAACAAUUUGGUCGACAGGUUUCUUGCCCUUCUGUACUACUUUCUGAUAGUAAUGUCGGCCUAUAUUUUUUCUAUUUUUAUGUUUUCUCACAAUUUGCAUACACGUAUCCAUUGUACGCACCCCCUUCCUUUCAAGAAUGAGCUAUUUUCUAGGCUA